CUCUCCAUCACUUGCAUUCCCCUUCUUCUUCUUUUUCUUCUUCUUCUUCUUCACCUCCCUCUAGAGUUCUGAUCUGCUGCUUCCAUGGCGGACGCCGCCGAUUCCAGCUCUUCAAACAGAAUGUGGUGCUCUAUACCGGAAAGGCUGCAACUGCACGGGGCCAUGCUGGCCUUGCAGUUCGGUUAUGCCGGGUUCCAUGUUGUCUCCAGAGCCGCCCUUAACAUGGGCAUUAGCAAACUUGUGUUCCCAGUUUAUAGGAAUAUCAUCGCUUUGCUUUUGCUCCUUCCCUUCGCAUAUUUUCUAGAGAAGAAGGAGAGGCCAGCAAUCACUCUAAAUUUUCUCGUUCAGUUCUUCCUCCUUGCACUCGUUGGAAUAACAGCAAACCAAGGAUUCUAUUUGCUGGGCUUAGACAACACAUCUCCAACUUUUGCAUCAGCAAUUCAAAACUCGGUUCCAGCCAUUACCUUUCUCAUGGCAGCCUUACUCCGGAUUGAGAAGGUACGGCUAGAUCGGAAGGACGGGAUCGGAAAGGUGGUGGGGACGAUAUGCUGCGUGGCUGGAGCGACAGUAAUCACUCUAUACAAAGGGCCAGCCAUAUACAGCCCAACACCGCCACUGCAAACGAUGAUGCUCAACACAACACCUGCUUUUGUUUCACAGCUGGGAGAUGCCAGCGGCAAGAGCUGGACCCUCGGCUGCAUCUACCUUAUUGGCCAUUGCUUGUCCUGGUCCGGCUGGCUCGUCCUCCAAGCCCCGGUUCUUAAGAAGUACCCGGCUCGCCUCUCCGUCACCUCCUACACGUGUUUCUUCGGUCUUCUACAAUUCAUUGUCAUUGCUCUCAUCUUUGAGAAAGACCCUCAGACUUGGAUUUUUCACUCUGGUGGAGAGCUCUUCACUAUCCUCUAUGCGGGUGUGGUGGCAUCUGGGAUAGCUUUCGCUGUACAGAUAUGGUGCAUUGACAGAGGUGGCCCCGUGUUCGUGGCAGUGUAUCAACCUGUUCAGACUCUUGUUGUCGCUAUCAUGGCCUCCCUUGCUUUGGGGGAAGAGUUCUACUUGGGAGGGAUAAUUGGGGCAGUGUUGAUCAUAGUGGGAUUGUACCUCGUCCUGUGGGGAAAAAGCGAAGAAAGGAAGUUUGCACAGGAAAAAGCUGCGAUUCAGUCCACUCCGGAGCAUGGCAACAACAGAGCAACCGGCCACAUCAAGCCAGCCCUUACUCAGCCACUUCUCCCACCAUCAUCAUCAUCAUCAGAGAAUGUUUGACCCCCCAAAUUCCUGACUUUUAACUACGGCUUUGCCUGGAAAAAAAGUGCACUACCCUAUAUCAGAAAGCUUGUGUGUGUAUGAUUUUUUUUUUUUUUUUCUUAUUUCAACUUUUUUUUUUUAUGGCUUUUUUGUUAGUAGGGGAGAGAGAGAGAGAGAGAGUAUUAAAGGGGGAUGAAUAUGAUGAUCAUUGUCGCACAUGUGGGGCCAUGGGGCCUGAAAUCCCGUAUGCUUUUAUAUGUUAAUUUUAUGGUUUGAUUUACCAAGAAAAGUCUGCAGAAAAGAUAUAUAUGCGUACAUUAUGAAUGAA